GGUUUAGGAACGAGAAAUCAAAAAUUGGAUUUGGUCCAGCGCCUUGCCUUCUAGAAACUCCGUCGUCGUUGAUUCUCUUGUUCCCAGGGCCCAGUCCAGUCCAGCUCGGCGAUUAUGGCGGAAACACAGGAGGAACGAUCUCCGUCGCUUGACGAUUGCCUUAAGCUGUUGAAAGGGGAGAGGGACGAGCAGAGGCUCGCCGGUCUACUUCUCGUCACCAAAUUCUGCAAGAACGAUGAUCUAGUCUCCCUCAAGAAGGUGUACGAAGCCGUCGGUAUUCACUUUCUCGACCGCCUUCUCCGCACAGGUAGUGGCGAUGGAGGUGAAAAUCGUGAUGUGUAUCUGCGGCUGUCUGUUACAGUUCUUGCUGCCUUCUGCAGAGUUCCGGAGAUAGCUUCUUCAGUAGAUAUGGUCUCUCGAGUUCCCCUUAUUCUCGAAAUCAUGUCGAAACGACCAGCUACCAACAUUCUUGAAGAAUGCUAUGAGCUUCUGUAUUUGGUGUCCACGGCUUGUGAAGCUGGUGUGAUGGCUUUGGUCAACUCAGGAGGCUUGAGAGUGAUAGCUCCCCAGAUGUCUGAUCUACCUGAUGGCUCACAUGCUAUGGAGGUUGCUAUAAAGAUUCUGCAGCUAUUGGUUACUAAGCUUUCCAGCGAGAGCAUGAAUAUUGAACGCUUCUUUGAACUGUCCUUGGUGGUUGCUGCUGUUGCGCGACAGUUUGCGGUCUUGCACAAUGCCCUAAAGUUUGAAGCACUCCAUCUACUGUCUGCAAUAUUCUGUUCUGACUAUUCUGCACUUCUUCAUGAACCUCUCCGUUCCAUGCCAGACAGCAAUUGGGCAGACUACAUGCGCACAGGUGUUGUGUCAAUUCUGCAGAAUCGUGUUGCACCUUCCGAAAAGCUUCACGCAUUGAUUCUGGCUGAAAGUAUGAUGUCAAUUCUGGGUGAGAAGUGGCUUAUCGGUCGAGUAAAACUACCCAGUGUUGAGGACUAUCUUCCAGCUGAUAGGUGUCUUCUGUUGGUCUUAGAGUCAUCACAUGUUGAGAUUUCUGUUUUAUCAAACGAGCUCGCAUACAUGAAAUAUGAAGCUCCUAGUUCAACUGUUGAAGAACAUCUCUUGAAGCAACGUUAUCUGGCUAUCGCAUUUUCUUUGGUAGAAAAGAUCAUCAAGUAUAUAUCAACCGUUGGUGAAAAUGAAGGUACUCUAAGUGAUGAAGCCGUUUUCCUCAAGGUGAUUAAGACGCUUGACGAGACAGUAAAAGUUGUGCUCGAGUAUCUGAAAGAUGCAAAGGAACAUGGAAAGAAGAGAGGAAAUGAUCUUCUUGCAUCUGUGCGAGUGAUUGGAAGUUAUCUCGCUGAAACUCCUGACGCAUGCAAAGAGCAGGUCCAAGAUCUUCUGGACUAUAUGCUUUCAGUUGAGGGCGAAGAGGAGUCCAGGCCCUUUUUGUCCACUUGCUUCUUGCUCCCAAUGCUUUGCCAAAUAACAAUGAAGGAUGAAGGAUGUAGACUCUUGGCUUCUUCAGGAGGCUAUGUAGCAGUUGUGGAAUGCCUGGUAAAACUGAUCCAGUCCGAUGGUCAGAAUGGUGAGGACAAUGGAAGCAUCUUCUUGGCUUGUGAUACAGUCAUGAACAUCCUUUUGAAGAGGGAGCCAAUCAGAUUUUCACCAGAAAUGUCUACAUUUACCGGGCUACUGAAAGCCUUGGCGUGUUGGGCAGUUACAGAUGGUACUAAGGAUCCAUCCGUAGUGAUGAUGGCUGCGAGCAUCUGUUCCCUGAUCUUCGAUUUCACAUCAGAAGAUGCGCUACUCAAGCAACCUGGUUUCGAUGGUGGCUCCUUGGAUAGUCUGGGCCGGAUCAUUGCAAGAAGCUUACCCUCAUCGGGCCAGGGUACGUCAGAUACAGCCGAUCUUCUUGAGAUCAUAGCAGCAGGAUACUCUCGGUGGGCAGAUCGGUUCCCCACCAUAAAGAAGCACAACCGUUGAGCGAUGACUCAUAAAGCAAUGACUCACAACCUGUUCGCUCAUGCUGGUUUCUAGGGGGAUAGAACAUAGUAUUGCUACUCAUGCUGCUGGUUUCUAGAGAUAGAACAUAGUAUUACUGUUAAGCAAACAAUUUUUUUUAUCAGUUUCAAGUUGUUGUAUUAUCUACAAUGUAGAGCGAGAUUAUAACUUGUUAUGUUUUGUCUCAUGAUGAGUUUUUUGAUACAAAAUUAUACUGAGGCUUUUAAGCUUUUUUAGUU